UUAUUAAUAAUUUAAUUAUUUAUUAUUAAAAUUAUAAAAACGCAUAAAAUACAGGUAAUUACACUAAAAUCAAAGAUUUCAGGUCACCUGAUAGGGCUGACUAAUCUGAUACAUAGGUAUCUUAGCGACCCGAGCGGAUACAUAUCACAUAUUUGAAUAACCCCGACGUCCCCGAGCGAAAACGAGAUCCAUCAACCCCGGGACUGCAACGGGUCGUUCCCGGAUCUUGGUCUGUCAUCACUUCACAUGCAUACAUCCCUCCCCCCACACGAUAUAUCCACCCAGAGCCGAGGGAAGCCCCUCAAAUGUCAUAGUUGCCCCUAUAUAGGGUGUGCGGGACCAUAUUCAAAACGGAGUUAUCGUAUUCGGAUCUUAAUUCGAAAUAAUGUAGCAUAUGCGCUAGGCUAAUAUGCGCAGAUAGCGAGAUUUGCUGUUGUCCUGCAACUAUGCGUUGCUUGUAAUUUUGUGACUGUCAUACGCAAACAUACUAUACCCUUUGGAAUCUAGUAUAGCCUGUGGAAUUUAUAGGGGUAAGGAUGCCGACAGGAUCUGUAGAUAAAAGUCGCGGAGUUCCUGCAUUUGGCGAUAAAGCCUCAGCUGUCGCGAGGAGUCUCGUUUGUAUCCGCGUAUCGCACUUUCAGGCCUCCGGCAAACCUUGACACCUUCAAAUAACUGCACGGUGGAAACAAGGUCCAAGAUGGCAUACAUGACUCUAAAUAGAUUCAUGAUAUGGGCUGUUGCCCUUGCGACGUCCGUUGCUGCCCAAGACACUUGCCAGACGGUCGAAGCCCAAACCUCCAUCACGAUGCUCAAGUCGUUAACGCUGGAUUACGACAAGGAGCAGAGUCAAUACUGGUCCACGUUUUCCGGUGAUCUCAAGCCAACAUGCAUCCUCGAGCCGGAAACAUCGGAGGAAGUCGCUGCUAUUGUGUCGAUUCUUCGUAAAAACAACGAGACCUUUGCCGUUAAGUCGGGAGGACACAAUCCCAACAAUUACUUUGCCAGUGUUGACGGAGGGCCAUUGAUUUCGACUAAGAGACUUAACGAGGUCAUCUUCAACGCUGACUCCGAGACCGUCAGAGUUGGCCCCGGUAACCGAUGGGAUGAAGUUGGCGAACAACUAGACGCCACAGGCUAUACUGUCAUUGGUGGCCGUAUCGGAAAUGUUGGGGUCGGAGGUUAUCUGCUAGGAAACGGGUUGAGCUUCAUGAGUACUGAAUAUGGUUGGGCUGCUAACUCGGUCCUCGAAUAUACUGUGGUACUAGCAAAUUCGUCAAUCGUCACUGUUAGCGAGACUAACCAUCCCGACCUCUGGAUGGCUCUCAAAGGGGGUGGGAAUAAUUUCGGUAUUGUGACGUCGUAUCUACUUCAAGCAUACCCUCAGGGCGAUAUAUGGGGUGGGAACCUUGAAUUUGAUGCCACGCCCGAGAAUACCGCCGCUAUCCUAGCUGCGGUUCGUAAUUUUACCGAAAACUACCCCGAUAAGAAGGCUGGUAUAAUUGUAACGUCUGAAAGAGCGCUGAGCACACUGCUCGACAUCUGGAUCUUGUUCCUUUACUACAACGGACCCGAGCCACCGCAAGGCGUAUUCGAUAGCUUCCUCGCUAUCGGGCCUAGCAUCAACACCUGCAAGACACAGAGGUAUGCUGACCUCCUCAGCGGAAACAACUGGUCCGUUCUGAAGGGCAGUGUCUAUACCAUCGGAACGGAAACUAUUCCAUUGCCUAGCAAGGAGGAUGGUCCCGAAGUCAUGCAAGCCAUCUAUGACCAUUGGGUGAAGGUCAGCGACACGACCAAACUUGUUCCAGGACUCAUUGCCAGUAUCGCCUUCCAACCCAUGCCUAGAGGAGUAGCAACGAUUGCCAAGUCCAAGGGUGGAGAUAUGCUAGAUUUAGAUGAUGACCACGACCGUAUCAUUAUCGAGCUGGACUACAGCUUCUAUUCCAAGUCAGACUAUGACCAGGUUGAUAUAGCGAUGCGCGCUACAUAUGGUGGUUUCCAGAGUAUUGUUAAGGGAUACCAGCAAGGUGGUCUACUCCCAUCUGAUGUGUACCUGCCGCUCUUUAUGAACGACUGUUUCUACCCACAGGAUUACUUUGGCAGGUUGAGACCCGAAAAGUUGCAGUUGGCUCAGACUGUCCAAUCUCAAGUUGACCCUGACGGUUUCUGGAAUGAAAGGACGGGAGGAUUCAAGGUAGCCUCUAAACCAUAAGUAUAAUAAUUAAAUAAUGAAUCAUUCUCAUGAAUGAGAAAUAUAAUCAUAAUCAAAUCACAAUUAUCUGUUCUUAUACCAGCUUGAAAUGCUUCGUAGUGGUGUUUCUUAAUGAUGAGUGGAGUCUUUUUUUGUCUUGCAG